AUGUUUGUUGUGUGCACAUUUCAUCGCUUCAGUGUCUGUGGCGAUGAUGAAUUGGAAUUAGCAGUGGUACAGCUUCGGUAUGAUUUCAAGUGCGAGUAUGUGCCGGUUUGGGCAGAGACUGGAGUGUUCGAGAGACCGUUCAAUCACGAGGCAAUUUGCAAUCCCCUCUUCAUUCGUCUGCAAUUGACUGGAAAUUGUUUACUCACCGUCCCGUCUGGUCAAGGCUGGGCCGGCUUUCGAGACCGGCCGGCCGGUUUUUCGCUUCAGACUUUCGUCUGA